UCAGUUAUGUCGACAAGACCCUGGAGUGUGGGAUACGAGCUGUUGUCUGCGAGGUAGGAUUCAUGGGAACCGUUACAGCAGCAGGAUCGGCAAAGAUGAAGGAUCCCCGCAUGCACAACAUAGGCUUUGUCUGUGGCAAGCAGCAUGGACAAUUUGCCAUUGCACGAAUCUCGAGGAAUUGAGACUCAACAGGCUCAUUCUCUUCCCAUGCCUUCCAAAGCAUCCUGGGAUAUCCUGUGAACAGACAGGUUGAUGAAUAGCCAUCGACUGCCGACAGGUAACAAGUUUACUAUCUCGCCAGGCUGUACCUCGUCGAUCGGUCCCAAUAGCUGGAUCCUCUGAGCUACAAUGACUACCAUCACUACUGAGCUGAAUUCUGGUUGGCAAUGCAGACAAUCUGACGAUACCUCCGAGAACGGAUGGCUCCAGGUUUCGAAGGUGCCAACCACAACUCAUAUCGUUCUUCAAGAAAAUGGGAAGAUUCCGGACCCGUUCAUUGACAUGAAUGAACUGGCUGUGCGAUGGGUCGCAGAGAAGUCUUGGACCUACAAGACAGUUUUCACAUCUCCGACAAACAGACGGCCCGACGCAAGGACGGACUUGGUGUUUGAAGGCCUCGACACCUUUGCCACGGUAACUCUCAACGGCCACAAGAUUCUCGAAGCAAACAAUAUGUUUCUUGAAUACCGCGUCGACGUGACACCCUUUCUGUCGGAACCCAAAGACGAAGUUCUGGCGGCGCCAAACGUCCUGGAAAUCGUCUUUGACUCGGCCCUCCUUCGUGGUCGUGAACUUGUCAAACAGCACUCACAUGAACACGACUUCAUCGCUCAUCAGACCGAGUCGAGCAGGCUUCCUGUGCGGAAAGCACAGUGCCAUUGGGGGUGGGAUUGGGGUCCUAUUUUGAUCACUUCCGGGCCAUGGAAGCGCGUUCUGCUGGAAACAUAUGUUGAUAGAAUCGAUGACAUCUGGUUUCGAGCAGAGGUAAGUGAGGACCUGAAGGUGGUGAAGGGGAACCUGUUCGCCAGCGUAGGGAGCGGAAAAGGAAAGUUGGAGGAAGGGAGUGUCGUCAAGCUGUCGUUGUCCCUCGACAGUAAGGCCCUGUACCAGUCAGAAGCACGCAUCAGCAAGGAUGGCAUUGCCACGGCCGAAUUUCAACUCGAAGAUCCUGCUCUCUGGUAUCCUCGUGGCUAUGGCGAACAGCGCCUGUACGAGCUCCAAGCAACUUUGUCCACGAAAGGUGCCGAUCCUGUUUCCAGAUCCAGAUUGGUCGGCUUUCGACGCUGUGAACUCAUCCAGGAGCCGGACGAGUUUGGCAAGUCAUUCUAUUUCCGCAUCAACAAUGUCGACGUCUUUGCAGGCGGCUCUUGCUGGAUUCCUGCCGAUUGCUUCCUCCCGAGGAUCGGAGAGGAUGGGUAUAGGAAGUGGAUGGAGCUGAUGAUCGAGGGCAACCAGAUCAUGACAAGAAUCUGGGGUGGAGGGAUCUACGAAGACGACUCGUUCUACGAAGCCUGCGACUCCAUGGGCAUUCUCGUCUGGCAAGACUUUUGCUUCGCCUGCGCCAGUUACCCGACCUACCCUUCUUUCCUCUCCCAAGUCGAGCAGGAAGCGCGGUUCAACGUCCGACGUCUCCGCUGCCACCCCUCGCUGGCCAUCUGGGCCGGGAACAACGAAGACUAUCAGAUCCAGGAGAAACAUCACUUGGAAUACGAUUAUGAAGGCGACAAGGACCCGCAGUCGUGGCUCAAGAGCAGCUUUCCCGCGAGGUAUAUCUACGAGUAUCUUUUGCCGAAGGUCGUGCAGGAAGAGAGUCCAGGCGCGGUGUAUCACCCAAGCAGUCCCUGGGGAGACGGGAAGAAGACCUGGGAUCCGACUGUGGGAGACAUUCAUCAGUGGGAUGUCUGGCACGGCUCUAUGCGCCGAUACCAAGAGCUUCCCACCAUGGGCGGGCGCUUCGUGAGCGAAUUCGGGAUGGAAGCCUACCCGCAUGUCUCGACCAUCGUCUCCGCCAUCGCGACGGAUCCAAAGCAACAAUACCCCGGCAGCAUGACCAUGGACUACCACAACCGCGCGAUCGACCACGAACGCCGCCUCAUGACAUACGUGGCCGAGAACUUCCAGAUCAAAUACGACCUGUCGAGCUUCGCCCACCUGACCCAGGUCAUGCAGUUGGACGCCGUGCGGUUCGCGUAUCGCUCGUGGCGCCGCGAAUGGGGCUCCGCCUCGUCAUCUCCCAAGGGCCAGAAGAACCGAAAAUGCGGCGGCGUCCUCGUCUGGCAGUUCAACGACACCUGGCCGACCAUGUCGUGGGCGGUGGUCGACUACUACCGCGUGAAAAAGCCCGCCUUCUACGCGAUCAAGCGCUCCCUGAAGCCGCUGGCCGCGGGGGUGAGCAGGCCGUUCCACGAGUGGACGUCGGGCCACAUGGACCCGACGGGUGGCGUCGAGGAGACGAGAUUCGAUCUGUGGGUCUGCAGUUCGCGCGCGGACGAGGAUGUUCAGGCGGACGUGGUCGUGCGGGCGAUUUCGAUCAAGACGGGCCAGGACGUGGUCGACCCGAUCAAGAAGAACGGCGUCACCGUCAAGGCGAACAGCACGACCGAGAUCCUCCGGGGAAGCGAGUUACCCAUCGACACCGGCGCCGUCGCCCGUGACCCUGCUUCGCCCACGCGGCCGUCGUCCAUCGACACACGCGCGUGGGAUCCCUACGUCAUCCACGCCUCGCUCCUCGUGGACGGCCGCGUCGUCGGCACCGACACCGCCUGGCCCCAUCCGAUCAAGUACCUCGACUUUUCCGCGGCGCGGGACGUCCAGGUCCGACUCUCCUCCGGGGCUGGGGAGCAUGGCGUGGUCACGGUGACGGUGACGGCGGCGAGGCCCGUGCAUGGCUUCGUGUUCCAGGAGGGAAGAGACGGGCUGACCUUCAGCGACAACGGGUUCGAUGUCGUGCCUGGGCAGGACGUCGUGGUGGAGGUCAGGGGCGGGCCCGUCGCGCGGGAGACGCUUAGGUGGACUUAUAUCGGGGCGGAGAGGGGGUCUAUAGGGUUCGACGGAUAG